AUGUGCAGUGCCCAGCAGGCCACACAGCAAAGAUUUCAGAGGAGUGGGGACAGGAGAAUAACUAACAUCCCUGGAGAGACCCAUUGGGACAUUUUAGCAAUGGACUCUGCUCCACCUCUUCUCACUCAAACCCUUCCUUCUCAGUCUCCUCCUGUUUCCCAUAUGAAUCCUUCAUCACCUCCACAAUCUAUUUCUCAACAGAUCAUAUCCCCCACAUCUCCUCAACCUGCUUCUCCUCCAAGCCCACCAUCAUCUCUUCAUAUCUCUUCCUCUUCUGCUUCUCUUUCACCUCCUCCUCAUAUCACAGAUUUGUCUCUCCCUUCUCAGAAUUCUCCAUCAAAGUCUUCACCUUUACCUCGUACCAGUCCCGUAGCAGCUUCUCUCCCGCUCUCUUCUCCAGUUUCCCCCUCCCCUGUCUCCCUGUGUGCCCUUCCUGAAAGCCUUUCUCCUGAAAGAGUUAGUUUCUGUCCUUUUCCUAUUGCUCCAAGUCCACCUCCAAGUGCUCUUUCUCCCCCUCCACCAUCUGAAUCCCCUUUUCCAGUCUCUCCUUCUCCUUCUCCAUCUCCAUCUCCAGCUUCUUUGUGCCCACCAGCUGACUCUUCUGCUUCUUCCACACCUCCAGGCUCUCCCAGUGUAACAACUAUUCCAUCCUCCCCACAAAAUCCUGACAGCUGUCCAUUAUUCUCACUGCCUCCAACUUCACCAUCUCCUCCUCCAUCUUCCCUGUCGCCAUCUCAGACUUCACCUUCUCCUUCCCCCCCACCUGCAUCUCUACCUGCCCCAUCUUCCCUGCUUGGGAUUUCUUUUGCUGAUGAAGAACUGGAUCUUCAGCGCCAUUCCAAUGGUUUUUCUGAUGGUUCAAGCUCCAAGUCCCGUCAAUUUCCAUGUACGAUAUGUGGGAAGCAGUUCCGUUUUAUCAGCAUUCUAGCACUUCAUGCAAGCACCCACAGAGUGCGUGGAAACCUUGCACAAGGUCGUGGAGGGCACAAGACUCAUUUUGAGACAAACUCCCAAAGGCCAUUGCUGCUGGGGCACCAGCAUCAGAAAGAACCAAAUUCCCCUGUAAUAUCAAAUUCAGCUAUAGAAGAUGUACAGGAGCCAGUCCCUGUAUUGACUAUUCCAGCUACACAUCCCACACUUCGCCAUCCUUGCCCUUUCUGCAAAGGUAAAUUUCGAAAGGCAGCUGAACUGGAACGCCACCUCAGAAUUCUCCACAGGCCUUAUAAAUGUCACCUCUGUGACUUUGCAGCAUCUCAGGAGGGGGAGCUGAUAGUUCAUGUUGAGAGGAGACAUUCAGCUCCUCAGCGACCCAAGAUUGUUCCACCUCUACCAACACCAACUCCAACUCCCGCCCUGCCUCCUGCUGAGUUUAAAUGUGAGAUUUGUUCCCAGAGCUUCACUCAGUCCUGGUUCCUAAAAGGCCAUAUGCGUAAGCAUAAGGACUCCUUUGACCAUAGAUGCUCAGUUUGUGGACGAUGCUUCAAGGAGUCCUGGUUCCUGAAAAACCACAUGAAGGUCCACCUUGGCAAGAUAAAAGGGGUAGGAGGGCAGGAACCCCCUGCACAUCAACCUUCUCAGUCCACCCAUACUACCACUACAAAUUCUCCAUCAUCUUCAUCUUCCAGACUUCUUGGAUAUCAAAAUUUCUAUUCUGGUCUCCUACUGAGAUUGCCUCCUCCUGGGGAUGCUACCUGUUCCCAGAUGCUUCAAGCUACGGCAAGAGCAAUGCAGAGUGGGGAUAAUGAGCAAGAUGGAGCAGGAGCAUCUGCAAGAGGGCAGACACUGGGUACUCCUGUUGGAGAGGGAGCCUCACCUAAGGGUAUGUUACCACAGGGCUCCUCUGGAAUUGUACUGAAAACAGUGGGCUUUCCAGAUAAGAAUGGAUGGAGUGUCAACUCCUCUCAGAGGCCUCGUGGAGCAACUGGAAGAGACUGCCCCUUCUGUGCCAAAUCAUUUCGUUCUUCCCAUCAUCUAAAGGUGCAUUUGCGAGUUCACACAGGUAAGCAAGCAGCCAAGCUUUUCAGUUGUAUUCAUUUUUAUUAA